AUUCAUUGGCUCUGGUCAAAGCUGUGACGCACACUAUUGCUAUAACGUUAUUCAGUAUGGAUGCUGUUUAGUGCACUGUUACCCACCUCUGUUACAAACACCACAGAUUGGCUUAAAAUGAUCAUCUAUGAGUGUUAUUUUUGUUUAUGUCUGACAGAAUGACGUCAAAAUCAAGAUGACUGACAGCGGGGAUCUUUGUCCUCACUUGGACUUUAUUGGUGAAGUAACUAAGGAGGAACUUAUUCAGAAAUCAAAGGGCACGUGUCAGUCAUGUGGGGUAGGUGGACCAAACCUCUGGGCAUGUCUACAGUGUGACUGUCCCUAUGUAGGCUGCGGAGAAUCAUAUUCUGAUCACAGUACUAUACACGCACAGGCCAGAAAACACAAUCUGACAGUAAACUUGACCACAUUCAGGGUGUGGUGUUACGUCUGUGAGAGGGAGGUGUUUCUGGAACCAAAACCUGUUACUCCUAUAUCAUUAGCUCACUGCUGCAAACCACAUGAACAGGAUCAUCUUCCCCAGACAUAUCACCCACUGAAGGCGGUUCCUAUCGCAGUGGCGGAUGAGGAAGGCUCAGAAUCUGAGGAGGAUGAGCUUAAACCUAGAGGUCUCACAGGGAUGAAGAACAUUGGGAACUCCUGUUACAUGAACGCUGCACUGCAGGCCCUGUCCAACUGUCCUCCUUUGACUCAGUUUUUCCUGGAUUGCAGUGGGUUGGUGCGUACGGAUAAGAAGCCGGCGUUGUGUAAAAGCUUUCAGAAGCUUAUCUCUGAGCUCUGGCACAAGAAACGACCAAGCUAUGUUGUUCCCACUAGUCUGUUUCAUGGAAUCAAACUGGUGAACCCCAUGUUUCGUGGCUACGCUCAACAGGACACUCAGGAGUUUUUGCGAUGUCUGAUGGACCAGCUUCAUGAGGAGCUGAAGGAGCCUUUGACCGACUGCAGCAUUGCGAUCUCAGAUGUCGACCCUGACCACAACCUUGACAACCUUAACCAUGUCGAUGGAGACCGAAGCCCCUCUGAGGACGAGUUCCUGUCGUGUGACUCUGGAUCAGGAAGCGAGAAAGGAGAUGUAGAGAGGGCAGGAGGAGAAGCAGAGCUGCUCAUCCAAGAUGAGUGCCUUGGAGGGAGAGGAAACGGAGGGAUCUCGGAGAAAGAGAGGCUGAAGGAGAGAAGAGGAGAAGAGAGGACACGGGAAAUGGAUGAGGAUGCAGAUGUGGAUACGGCCGCACAAGAGGGACAGGCAGAGAGAGAAACAGAGGCAACCACUACAACCACAACUGUGCCGACAUUAGGAAAUACAGAACCUGAUAAUGAAGCUUCCAUGCACUGUCCGUCCUCUCAUCCUUCUAGCCCCGCUCACAGUUUGCAGGAGCUUCACUCCAGACUCUCCAGCAGCCCACCAAGAUCCAGCCCCCUCAGAACUGGACCCACUUAUACUUUCAAGAAAGCUCAGAUGCUCCUGAGCACCAAGAAGAAGAAGCAGUCCCGUUUCCGCAGUGUUAUUUCAGAUACCUUUGACGGAUCCAUUCUGAGUCUGGUUCAGUGUUUGACAUGUGACCGGGUUUCGACAACUGUGGAGACCUUUCAGGACCUGUCUUUGCCUAUUCCGGGUAAAGAAGAUUUGGCCAAACUCCAUUCCUCUAUCCACCAGAUCGCUCCAGUUAAAGCUGGUGUCUGCACGGAUGCCUAUGCGGCACAGGGCUGGAUCUCCUACAUCAUGGAUUCUAUACGAAGGUUUGUAGUGUCUUGUAUUCCCAGUUGGUUUUGGGGUCCCAUGGUAACGCUGGAGGACUGCCUGGCAGCCUUCUUUGCUGCUGAUGAGCUGAAAGGAGACAACAUGUACAGCUGUGAACGAUGUAAAAAAUUGAGAAAUGGUGUGAAAUAUUGUAAAGUUCUGCGUCUACCAGAAAUAUUGUGCGUUCACCUGAAGCGUUUCAGGCAUGAAGUCAUGUACUCGUUCAAGAUAAAUAGCCACGUGUCAUUUCCAUUGGAGGGUUUGGAUCUCAAGCCCUUCUUGGCUAAGGAGAGCCCGUCGCAGAUUACUACUUACGACCUGCUGUCUGUCAUCUGUCAUCACGGAACUGCUGGGAGUGGUCACUACAUAGCGUACUGUCAGAAUGUGAUCAAUGGACAGUGGUACGAGUUUGAUGAUCAGUAUGUAACAGAAGUGCACGAGACAGUAGUGCAGAAUGCUGAAGCGUAUGUCCUUUUCUACAGGAAGAGCAGUGAAGAAUCUGUGAGAGAGAGACAGAAGAUUGUCGCACUGGCUAAUUUAAAGGAGCCCAGUCUGCUUCAGUUCUACAUUUCCAGAGAAUGGCUCAACAAGUUCAACACAUUCACUGAGCCUGGACCCAUAGCCAACCACACUUUCCUCUGUCAGCAUGGAGGAAUCCCUCCUACCAAGUACCAUUAUGUGGACGAUCUGGUCGUGAUCCUUCCUCAGAAUGUGUGGGAAUAUCUCUACAACAGGUUUGGGGGAGGCCCAGCCGUGAAUCACUUAUAUGUGUGUGCCAUCUGCCAAGUAGAGAUCGAGACCUUAGCCAAACGACGGAAGCUGGAGAUAGACACCUUCAUCAAGUUAAAUAAAGAGUUUCAGGCUGAAGAAGCGCCUACGGUUAUCCUGUGUAUCAGCAUGCAGUGGUUCAGAGAAUGGGAGAGCUUUGUCAAGGGCAAAGACAACGAGCCGCCCGGCCCUAUUGACAACAGCAAGAUUGCAGUAAUGAAAGGCGGACAUAUCCAGCUUAAACAGGGAGCAGACUACGGGCAGAUAUCUGAAGAAACGUGGCAGUACUUGUUAAGUAUUUAUGGCGGUGGGCCAGAGAUUGCAGUGCGGCAAACCAUCAGCCCCCCAGACACUGACACGCAUGGUGAGAGGAAGAUAGAGGCUGAGACCAGAGCCCUCUGAAAUGGUGAUGAAGACCAACGUGUGGAUGACAGUCACGCACUGCGCUUACUGUCUUACAAGCACUUCGUGAGCAUUUCUGUGGAUCUGUUAUCUGUGACUGACAGAGCUCUCCUAGUGUAGGAAAGGGUCUUAUUUAUUAGGUGAAUAAAUCUAUUAUCAGACACACACAUAAAGCAUAUUUAACAUUCGUGAAGAAGCUUCAUACAUGUGCGCUGGUGAUAUGCUUGUUUCUGUUGUCAUUGGGAUUAAGGGCAGUGACGUGAGCCUUUCUCAGUAGUGCAGAGGUAAAUACAUAAUGCGUCAAGCAGGCCAUAUUCAAACUCUCACUCAAUUUUUGUUAGAGCUCUUUACUGACGUCUGCCUAGGAAAAAUAAGGCUUGAACUUAGUAUCUGCAUGUUCAAAGAAGCUUUCUUUGCCACCCAACUCCACUAUAUCACAAUAAUUCACAGUACAAAUGUGAUGAA